UCUUUCCCUGAAUCUCUUAGUGAUUUCUUCUGUUUACAAAAGCUUAAUCUUAAGCUUCCUGAAUUGAUCAACCAAUAUUCCGAGGAACGAACAACUUUAAUUUUCACUUGUACAAGAAAAGAUUGUCAAACAACUGCUGAAUUCUUGUCUCAAAACUGUCCAUUCAACUACAAGCCAUUUCAAAGGGAUAAGUUUGCCAUACUUUCACAAUCUAUUGAUAACAAUAGAUUGAAAGCUACUCUACUCAAAGGAAUCGGUUUCUAUCAUGCAGGCCUUUCUCCAGAUGAUCGUCAAAAACUUGAAAUAGCUUUUUUAAAUGGAGAAGUUCGUAUUAUAGUUGCAACAAGUGCUCUUGCCUCGAGUGAAGACCUUUCUGCUCACCUGGUCAUCAUCAAAGGAACUAAUUAUUUUAUCAAUGGAAGCUCUGUUGAAUAUGAAGAGUCUACUGUAUUGCAGAUGUUGGACAUAGCGGGUAAAUCAGAGCUUGAUGACUGUGGAUGUGCCAUCAUUUUAACUAGAAAAGAAAACGAGACAAAAUAUAAAGGGCUAGUUUCAGGGGAAAAGAUGAUUGAAAGUAACAUUUAUAAUUUUUUCCCCGAAAUUUUUAUGACUGAAAUCGAAAGGAAUGCGAUUUGUUGUUUGAAUGAUGCUGUUGGUUGGGUUCGGUCAACUUUUUUUUAUAUACGAAUCCACAAAAAUAAGCAAUAUUAUGGGUUGGAUCCAAACUGCACAGAGGAGCAAGUGGACCAAAAAUUAAAAGAAAUCUGCAUCAAAGAGUUGAAUAGCUUUAAAAAGUACGAGAUGAUUGAAAUAACUGCCGAUGGAAUUAUUAAAGCAACAAAAAUUGGCCGACUGAUGGCUGCUCAAUCGAUUUCAUCUCAAGCAAUGCAACAAUUUUUGAAACUUAAAGGGAAUGAAAACUUAUACGAUUUACUUACCGUUCUAACCAGAUGCAAAGAUCUCAACCAAUCCGUCAUCUUAAAGACUGCAGAUGAAAGAGUUUUAAGUAAAUUCAACACUUUUUCAAACUAUAAUCGUGUGAUACGAUUUCCAUUAUCAGGUCCGAUAAAAAGCAAUGAAAUGAAAAUUAACGUGCUCAUUCAAGUAGUUCUUGGUUGCAUUCCACUUCCCGAAGAUUUCCCUCUGCUACAAAAAAUUGACGAAAUGAUUAAUAUUUGUCAAAUGCUCAGCAACUGUUUGAUGGACAUUGCUUUCAUCAAAGCUACAAAUCUGAACUUCUUACUAAACUGCAUCAUUCUGGCUAAAUGUUUAAAAGUUGGACUCUGGGAAAACUCGAGAUAUGUUUGCAAUCAGCUUAACGUAGUCAACUCAAAAAUCGCUCGCAAGCUAGUCAACGCUAACCUUUGUUCAUUUGAGAAAAUUGAACACGCUGAUCCAAGACUGAUCGAAAACGUUUGUCAAUGUGAUGUUACUUUUGGUGAUCAUGUAAUUGAAGAAAUAAAAAGAAUUCCGAAAUACGAAGUUACUAUUGAAAAUACCCAGAUAACAUCAGUUGAUUACUCGCAAACAAUUAGGAUCAAAGUUAAUCUUACCAAUUGGGAGGUUAUUGCAAAUGACACUGAUAAACUGGGAAAACUUAGUUGUAUACUAUUAAUUGGUGAUCAAGACAAUGCAAUUUUAGUAAAAGAAAGGAUAUUUACUCAACAUUUAAUCAUGCUGACUGGAGUUUAUGAAAAAGAUUUCCCAAUUCCAGCCUCAGCAGCAUCCAUUUUCAUUCACUUUAUUGACGAAUUUUAUGUUGGAACUGAUAUUUCAUCGGAAUAUUUUCCGAAAUAUCUCUUAUCUCAUGAACAAAACAGCAUUCGGAAAAUUCAAGCAAUCAAACAAUUUGAUGACAUUUUCAAUGCAUCGCCUAAACUGGAAUAAUUAUUUUAUAUUUCAAUUUCAUUUCAUUUCAACUUUUAUUGAAAAUUGACAAAUACUUGACUGUCAAGCUUUCUGUUUGUUAUUGUUUCAAAUGUUCAUUGUUUACUAUUGUUUUUGUUAUUAAUCAGAAACUCUAUCUGAUUGACUCUUAAAUUCUGUUAUCCCAAUGGGGAAAAAUGUUUUUAUUUUUUCUUUUGAUUCUGUUUUUUUUGUUAAAAAGUCAACAUUAAAUUAUUGUUGCCUCUAAACCAUCACAGUUGUUUUAUUUACCUUUUUUAAUGAUUAAGGAUUACUUUUUAAAACAAAACUUGCACAUUCAAUUGUUAGGAUAACUUCAUUUCCUCUCGACUACAAUAGUAGCUCAAUGUUGAACCUAAAUUGAGCUUUAUUCAGAUAUGAGCGAAAAAAGAAUCCUAUCAACUAAAGGUACUUACAGAAUAUUGUUAGAUAAAAGGAAAUGCGUUUAGUUAAAGCUCAGCAGAAGCAAACAAAAUUGAGCAUUUAGUAAUCACAAAACAAGUCAGCUUUUACCUUUGCCAGGUUUUUAUUAACCAAUUUUGAAUUCCUUCAAGUUACUCUAUUCACAUUGGACUACUUUCACUUGUUUUUUUCUUCAUUUCACUCAUUCUCAUUAUCCACGAGCUUUGAAGAACAAGCUCAGAAAAUCUCUCUGAAAGUGGGAAAAAAUUGAUAACACUGUGAGUAAAAUUAUGCGAUUAAUUUUAUCCAGUGAACCAUGAGCAAAAAAGGUCAUCAGAAUCGGUUAAAAGAGAGUGAUUAAAGAGCUAACCAAAGUAUUGUUGUUAUGUAUAUAAACCAUGCUUUUGCUGCUGUUUAUGCUCAUCAAAUGGUAUAACAUCAAUUGAAAAGACUCCAGAAUAAAGAAGUAAUGGUUGUUGGUAAUUUUUUUUGGUUAAAUUUUGGUUUCAUUCAAGUCAGGAGAUAUUAUUGUUCUAGGAUGAGCCAUUAGUCUCUGAUGAUUCCUUUUGUUGUUACCAA